AUGGCUGACGCGCAGUCGGACGCGGAUAAGAUCCGCAACAAGCGUCUCGCAAAACUGGGGGGACAGUCAGCGGCUCCAGCUUCGCCAGGCACAGGCGAAGCUAGCGGUGCUUCAGGAGCAGCCUCACCUACGGUUUCGGCGCCUCAAACCGAACAGAGCUCGCCGGCACCUUCGAGGACGGAAAGUCCUAAGAUCACCACAGCACCUCCGGCCGCCACACCCAAGCCUGCUCCGAAGAUUAAUAUCACGUCAAAGCCAUCGGUACCACAAAAGCGCGAAGGAGAUAGUCCAGCACGCGCGUCGCCGCGACCUGCUGUGCGGGAGUCGACAGAGGUCUGGCAACACAGGACCCUCGGCAACGUUUUCAGGAUUACGCUGGACGAGAAGAAUACACAUGAUUUGCACGGCAACAAGCUCACGUAUGUGCCUGGUGUCAAGGGAGAUCUGGAGGAUGGAGGCAGCCCGCUGCUAUUCAGCACGACGGUGCUGGACCAGGCGAUAUUGGAAUCUGCCACUAGCCAAAGCAAGCCGCUGGAUUACCUUUUGGCUUGCUGGAAGAGGAUUUCAAGAGGCACGAGAGGUGCAAGCUCUGCCGACAAGAAUGAUCCGGAUAGAGCUGAGGUGCUCAGGGAGGCACGGAGACUCUGCAUGAGCUAUUGCAUGUUUGCUGUAACCAUGCCUGACAUGUUUGGGAUGGAGCCGUGGUCGAUCAACCCACUUGGCCACCACUUGUUGGUUGACCCUGAGGAUGAGCGAGGACUUUGCCAUGACUUUCUCAAUGAGGCUGUCUCGCGGUUCGAGGAAGACGAGAGCGUCAAGGAAGCGCUCGUCGGUGCUAUGGAGCAGGUCAGCCGCGAACUCUCCAAGAAGAGCAUGAAUGAGGAUUUCAAGCCUUAUGUUUUGGCUUUGCGGAACUUCUGCCAGUAUCCUCAACUGGUUACCGCUCUCUCACAGUCUCUCAUGUUUCUUCCUUCCGACCUGGAUGCGGUUCGUCUGGAGAAUGAGACACUGCUGGGUCCUUAUUUCAGGCUUUCACCACUGCAGGCCGAGGUCUCAUUGAACUAUUUCUCGGAUGCCAGAACCAGAGACAAGUCAGCCAUCUACAAUGCUCAAAAGGCACUCAGAAUGACGCUGCAAACGCAUCAAGAUGAGCUCUUUGACAUUGUCAACCGCUUCAUACGGACCAAGGAUGCACGUAGUAACAUGCUGAACUGGUUUGCGGCGACGAUCAACAAGAACCAUAAGCGCCGUGCCAUGAGGGUUGAUGCCAAACAGGUCUCAUCAGAUGGUUUUAUGAACAACGUGACAGUUAUGCUGGAUCGGUUGUGCGACCCCUUCAUUGACUCCACCUUCUCCAAGAUUGACCGCAUCGACAUCAACUACCUGAGGAGGGAUUCACGUAUUGAUAUCAGUGAUGAGACGAAGAUCAACGCCGACCAAAAUGCGUCGGAUGCCUUUUACAAGGAUAAGGUUGGGGGUGAAACCAACUUCAUCACAGAGUGCUUCUUCUUGACAGUGGCUGCACACCACUAUGGAACAGAGGCAGCAAACAGCAAACUCACACAACUUCAGAAAGAUGUCAAAUGGAUGGAGAAAGAGUUGGAGAGGUUCGAGUCGGAAAGGCACAAGUAUGCUCACAAUCCGGCUCAGCUGCAGCUGUUUGAGAAUGCCCUCAAGAAGUACAAGGAUGCAGUUGAGAGGAGCCACUGCACUAUCUUGGCCACGCAAGGUGUUUUGCUGGACGAGACAGCCCAAGGGCGGGCGAUGCAGUUCAUGCGAUAUGUCAUCGUAUGGCUACUCCGCCUUGUCAGUCCAGGAUACCCGCAGCAAAAGCUGAUGCUCCCUCUUCCCGAGGAUCAGCCUGAAGCAUUCAAGUGUCUUCCUGAGUAUUUCCUGGAAGACAUUGUGGAUAACUUCAAGUUCAUCACACGCAUGAUGCCACAGAUUGUCACCUCCACGCAAUGCGAGGAGUUGAUCGUGAUUUGCAUCACGUUCCUCCGCAACUCGGCCUACAUCAAAAACCCAUAUCUCAAGUCGGGACUGGUCAGCAUUCUUUAUUAUGGAACUCUGCCUUUCUAUGGUAAGUCCAAGGGUGUGCUCGGUGAUGUUCUAUUUGCGUCCUCUUUCUGCACGGAGCAUCUACUUCAUGCCGUCAUGCAGUUCUACAUUGAAUGCGAGAGCACCGGUGCGCACACACAGUUUUAUGACAAGUUCAAUAUCCGUUACGAAAUCUUCCAGGUCAUCAAAUGCGUAUGGGGCAAUCCGGUGUACAGACAAAACCUUGGCACCGAAGCCAGGGUGAAUCUCGAUUUCUUCGUACGUUUCGUCAAUCUUUUGCUGAACGAUGUCACCUUUGUCCUUGACGAGUCAUUCUCGUCUUUCCACACGAUCCACAACCUCACAAAGGAGCUUCGUGACCCCUUCCCUGGCAUGGACGAGAACCAGCGGAAGGAGAAAGAGGAGGCUCUCGAAUCUGCCAAGCAAAAAGCCAAGAGUUACAUGUCUCUUACCAAUGAGACUGUCAGCAUGCUUAAGCUCUUCACCGAGGCGCUCAGCGGCUCUUUCACCAUGCCAGAAAUUGUGCAGCGUCUGGCCGACAUGCUUGACUACAACCUGGAUGCGCUUGUUGGUCCUAGGCAAACGAACCUCAAAGUCGAGAACCCACAAGAGUAUGGAUUCAAUGCUAAGAGCAUGCUUGCGGAGAUUGUAGAUGUGUAUCUCAAUCUCAAGGAAAAGGAUGCCUUUUGCACUGCUGUCGCCCGUGACGGUCGCUCAUACAAGGCUGAGAAUUUCACGAAAGCAACCGGUAUCAUGCGUCGCUUCGCAUUAAAAUCGGAAGAUGAGCUAGCGCAGUGGGAGAACAUGGCCGCGAAGAUUCAGGCCACGAAGGAGGCGGAAGAGCAGGAAGAGGCGGACUUAGGCGAGAUUCCAGAUGAAUUCUUGGAUCCGCUGAUUUUCGAUCUCAUGAAGGAUCCAGUCAUCUUGCCUGUGAGCAGGAUGACAAUCGACCGCAGUUGCAUUCAGUCGCACUUGCUGUCUGAUCCGCAUGAUCCCUUCAACAGGAGCCCGCUGAAGAUUGAAGAUGUGAUACCGAACACGGAGCUGAAGGAAAAGAUAGCCAACUGGAUUGCGGAGAGGAAGGCGACUCGUGCGGCUGAAAAGGCGGCCGCCGCUGGUAGUGAGCCGAUGGACACGUCUUAG